AUGGAAAAUAUUGAAUAAAUUUUAGAAUAAGAUGAAUAGAAUCAAAAUUAUUACAUCUGUACAAAUUCUAAAUGUUAAUAUAGAGGACGUAUUCUAGAAAAUAGUAUUGAAUCUACUCAUAAUAAUUGUCUUGUUGUGUAAUAUUAAAAUUUUGUAGAUUCAAUUAAUAAAUUAAUCUUAGAAGAAACAUUUGAAAAGUAUAUAAUUUAUUAUAAAAUUAGUUAUAAAAAAGAAUUAUAAGAAUAUUUAAAGUAAAUAAUGGAUUUAGGAUUAUAUUUGAAAAGCAAAUCAGAUAUUUUUUAUAAGUAAUUAUUAUGUAAUUUAUAUCUAAAGAAUAAAAUAAUAAUUAAAAGCUUUUGUUUAAUAAAAUAACUUAAAAUAAUUACUAUAAUAAUUCGAAAAUAAUUAUUCACAAUCCAAUUUUGAAUUGUUAUAGUAAUUAUUUGAAUAAUCCAGAAAUUAAUGUUUUAAUUUAGAAUAAUAAACAAUGCAACAUAAAUUAGAUAAAAAUAUCUCAAAAAUAAAAAAUGCUUUAUAAGAUAUUGAGAAAAAAUUAAAAAAAUUAACAAUAUUAUAAAUUAAUUCAAAUAAAUAAUUAGAAGAUGAUCAAUCAAAUGAUGAUGAAUCAAGUGAUAACAAUGAUGAUGAAAAUCAAUGGAUCUAAAACUAAUAAUAAGGAUCUGAAUAAUAAGAACUAGAAAAUAAAUAUAAUUAAGCUUUUAAUUUCUUAAGAAAUCAUGCUUUGAAAUAAGUUUAAUAAAAUACUGAAGAAUAAUAACCUUAAUUACAAACAUAAGAUUAAAUCUAAUAGUGUGAAUAAUAAACUAAUAUUAAAUAUAUAGAAAAAUUUGGAAACAAUUCAAUAGUAGUUGCAACAGAAAGUUAAAUAAGAAUAUAUGAUUUAAUAUAAUAAUGCUUUUAACCAAAAAUUCUAUAAAUUAAUGCUAAAAUCACUUCAAUAUAAGUUACAAAACUUGAUUCAGUAAUUGUUAUUGGAAAAAAAGAUGGGUAUAUGGAAGUUUUGGAAUAUGACUAAGAAAGGAAAAAUUAAUUUAAGUAUUAAUUUAUAUAGUAAAUUAUUAUAGUCCAAGUAUCUUUUUAGUAAGCGAAGAAGAAGGGAGGUUAUUUAUUGAGAAAUUAUAAUCAAGCCAAAAUGAUUAAGCUAUUGCUUGUUUAGGGAGAGAUGGAAAUUUAAAAUUUUAUGAAACUUUAAAUUUCAAUUUAAUAAACUGUAUAAAACUUGAUUAUGGAGCCAAAAUUAUUCCUACUUGUUUAUUUGCAAAAUCUGAAAAUGAGUAUAUAAUAGGAGCAGAAAAAUCUGUGUUUUUUAAUUAAAAUAGAAUAACACAUGUUUUUGGAGGAAAAAUUAAAAAAAUUUGUUAAUUUGGUGAUUAUUGGUUGAUUUCAGAUAAAUCAAAAAUUUAUAUCUUAAAAAAAUUUAGGAAAUUCUUAAACAAAUAAAAUAAAAUAGUAUUAGAAUUUCCAUUUAAUUCAUAACAAAUAAUAUAUUUGAAUGCUUUUUAUGAUAGUCAAUACAUUUUUAUCAAUACUAAAUCUGCUAAUUCUAAUCAUUAUGAGAAUCAAAUUGCUACAAUAUAGGAAGAAAAAGAAGAGAUAAAUAUUCGAUUUGAAAAGUUAGAUAAUGAUAUUCAAGUAAAGUUACUAAAAGGAUAUUAAAAUAACAAUUAAACUUUUCUAUAUACAGUCGAUGGAUUUAAUAUUAUAGAGUAUAAUAUGAUAAGAGAUAAUGAUAAAUUUAUUAUUUUAUGA